UACAAGAGGUCAAGAACCAAGAAAUGGCUUAUGCUUCUGUGGUUUCUUUAAUAGAAACACUGGAAGAAAUUAGAGAUGGGCAUGAAAUUCUUUACAACAAAGAACAAAUUGAGUGCCUCCUUUCAAAGGUUAGUUUCCUCCAAACCUUUCUUGAAGAUUUUUCACAGAAAAACAGCAAAGAAGUAAAAGAACUUGAAACACAGAUCAGGGAUGCAGCUUAUGCAGCUCAAAAUAUGAUCGAUUCUUAUAUAUCAAAUCAACUUCUUUCAAUGUGUGAAUGCUGUGUGGAUAGGAGUUAUACUGUAUUCUGUGAGGAGCUGCAACGGGUGGUCGAAAACUUUGAUUCAGCAAAACUGCAAGUGAUGGAGUUUAGGAACAUGGGCUCGAAGAAUUUGGCGCCCAAGAAUUCUUUUUCAGCUGGUUCUUUGAGAUUAGCCUCUGGUGGGAAGAACAGUAUGGUGGGAUUUGUUGAUGAAAUGUUGCAAAUAAAGGACAGGCUGACUGGACAGCCAUCAUACAAACUCGAUGUUAUUUCGAUUGUUGGAAUGGGAGGAAGUGGAAAGACUACUCUUGCUAGAAGCAUGUACGAUGAUGCUUUUAUAGUGUAUCACUUUUAUACUCGUGCUUGGGUAACUAUAUCUCAAGAAUAUCAUCUCCGUGAAAUCCUGCUAGGCCUCCUAAUGUCAAUGAAAAAGCUUACUGGGAAAAAAUGUGAAGAUAGUUAUGAAGAAUUAGCAGAGUACCUAUACAAAAGUCUGAAGGGUAGAAGGUAUCUUAUUGUUUUGGACGACAUGUGGGAUAUCCAGGUCUGGAAUGAAAUCAAACUAUUGUUUCCAGAUGAUGGCAAUGGAAGCAGAAUCAUCUUGACUUCUAGGAUAUCGGAUGUGGCUUUGUAUGCUAGCUCUAAUAGCCCUCCUUAUAACAUCCGUUUCCUAAACAAUAAUGAGAGUUGGGAUCUGCUUAAAGAAAAAGUGUUUCAGGAUGAAAAUUGUCCUACUGAAUUGGAAGGACUUGGUAAAAAGAUUGCACGAAGUUGCCAAGGACUUCCUCUAGCAAUUCUGCUAGUUGGUGGGCUCCUUGCCAAGAUCCAACGUACACAAAAUCACUGGAGAAAUGUUGCAGAAAAUGUUCCGUCAAUUAUAUCUACACAUAAUGACCAGUGCUUAGAGAUACUAUCUUUGAGUUAUAACCACUUGCCACAACACUUAAAAAUGUGUUUCCUUUAUAUGGGAGUUUUCCCAGAGGAUUACCAAAUUCCGGUCUCCAAACUCAUUCGAUUAUGGGCUGCUGAAGGAUUUCUAAAACCAUGUGGUGAUGAAAGUUUGGAUGACGUGGGAGAGAAAUAUUUGCAGGAUCUUAUAGAUAGAAGUAUUGUCUUGGUGAGUAAGAGGAAGUUAAGUGGAAAAAUUAGGACAUGCAGCAUUCAUGAUCUUGUGAGGGACCUUUGUGUGAGAGAAGCUCAAAAGGAAAAGUUUAUUCGCACCAUUAAAACUGAUGAUGAUCUUUCAUCAGAAGACGCAUUUGGUUAUCGCCGCCUGUGUCUUCAUUCAAGUAUUCUACACGAUGAUGCUUCGUUUCGUAGGGAUUCAGUUAUUGCUGUUCGUGAACAUUCAGAUGGCCGCUUGAAAGAAAUCUAUGAUGCAAUGAGAUCGAGCCCACUAAUCCAUUGUCUUAUAUUUACUGGUACAUAUCAUAAGCCCUUGAACAUUUUUCUCAGGUUUGGAUUGCUCAGGGUGUUAGAUGCGCUUUCGGUAACUUUCUUUUGGUUCCCCAUAGAAGUACUAGAACUUGUUAACUUAAGACACCUUGCUCUCACCUUUGAUGGUGAGCUGCCCAGGAUGGUCUCCGAUCUUCAGAACCUGGAAAUUUUAAUUGUUCACCAAGUCUUUUGGGGGCCUCUAUCGUAUCUACCUUUAGAGAUAUGGAGGAUGCCACGAUUAAGACAUCUCGAGUUCAAAGAAGUUUUCUUCCCUAAUUAUCCUGGUACACUAUAUUAUGGGAAGAACACUUUUAGUCUUGAAAACCUGCAAACGCUAGUGGGGAUACGAGACUUCAGAGUUACUGAGGAUGUCUACAAGAGCAUCCCAAAUGUAAAGAAGCUGGAAAUUGUAUAUGACAAAAACUCCAACACAACGGAGUGGUCAUUGUAUUGUCUUGAUAAUCUUGUCCAUUUGCAUCAACUUGAGUCUUUAAAAUGCCACUUCUUGGAUGCUCACCGACAAAAGCCAGAUCUGCCAGACCUUACCUUUCCCUCAAAGCUCAAAGAGUUGAGUCUGCUAGGCUGGGAAAUUCCCUCGAAAUAUAUGACAACCAUUGGCUCGUUGCACAAUCUUGAGAUCCUCAAGCUGCGAUUCUGCUCCUUACGAGAUGAUGAGUGGGAACUAAGCGAAGGAGAAUUUUAUAGAUUGAAAAUUUUGGUGCUUGAAGGGAUGAAUAUAGUGCAGUGGAGAGCGGAAGCUGACCAUUUUCCAAGUCUCGAGCAACUUAUCAUUAAGCAUUGCAGAAAAUUAGAGGAGAUCCCUCCUGGUUUCGGAGACAUACCAACACUUCAAUUAAUCAAGGUGGUUGAGGGCAGCCGCUCCUGCGAAAGUUCUGCCAUGCAAAUCCUGGAAGAUCAGCAGAGUUUGGGGAAUUAUGGCCUCAAAGUGAUUACUUAAUAAAGUAAAAUGUUUUCUUACUAAAGAUGUCGAAUAACAAUAACGUAUGCUUAUUUCGCCAUUGGAUCAUGUCAUGUGUGCUUUAUUUCUGUCAAGUCGAAGCUGCAGAGUCCAUUAUGUACCGAACAGAGCAGGUUUGCUGGUGAAUGUCUGAACUAUUAUUUA